CGGAGGCUGUGGAGGGCAGAGCUGUGCUGGAUGGGGGCCACGGCCUGGCCUGAUGGCAGGAGCCCGGAACACAGAGAGCUCUAAUCACGUCCUCUAGGAGCCUCCGAGGUGCUACAGUUCACGUGGAGACACUGAAAAGGUUGUGUGCCCAUGAGGUCGUCCGUGCUGGUCCUGUUCCUCUUCUUCAGUGCCCAGGCUGUGGCCACCAUCAGAGGGGACUCGUGUGACGCCACGACGGCACAGCAGCAGGAUCCAGGCGACAGCCCCGACUCCAUCCCCACAGUGGACCCCAAACUCUUCACCAAGCGCCACUACCUCUCACCCAGGGUGCUCUUCAGCUCUCUGCCCCCUGAUGCGGAGCCGGCGGCAGGGUCGCAAGGUGCCGGGAGAAGGAGCCGCAGGCGAACAGGGCAGCCUCAGCACCGCGGGGUGUACUCGGUGUGUGAGAGCAUCAGCGUCUGGGUCGGCAACAAGACCAAGGCCACGGACAUCUCAGGCAACGAGGUGACAGUGCUCCCAGAUGUGAAUAUCAACAAUGUCAACAAGAAGCAGUACUUCUUUGAGACGACGUGUCACAGCGCUCGCUCAGGCGGCUCGGGCUGUUUGGGGAUCGACGCGAGACACUGGAACUCCUACUGCACCAACUCACACACUUUUGUACGAGCGCUGACUUCCUUUAAAAACCUGGUGGCCUGGAGGCUCAUACGCAUCAACGUGGCCUGUGUGUGUGUGCUCAGCCGGAAGUCGUGGCGGCAGUGAAGACAUUACCUGCACACAUCACACACAUCACAUCACACACACACACACACACACACACACACACACACACUCAGUCAAGUGCAGCACAUAACACAGACAUACUCGUGCUGUGCUGACAUGCAGGCAGUUGUGACCUUCUCUGCAUAACUUAUCACCAAAGACUUCUCACUCUCUGCACAAAGUAAAUUAUUGGAAGGCUAUAUGUCAAAGUAUCAGGACUGCAUGUGUAUAUACACCAGGCCUGGGUCAAAUAGUAUGUGCAGUUAGCUUAUAGCUAGUUUGAAACACCACAUGUUAAGGGCCUGUUGCGGUGUGACAGUUUUAGCUGUGGUUUAGAAGAGGCUCAGCUUGCAAAGGGUUAAAAGUCAGCUGCUCAGUGGCACCUGACUGCUGUGUCUAUAAAAGAAAAAUCCUUACAUUUUAUCCUCUGCAAACAAAAGUUCAUUUUAUUUGUGUAUAUCUCCAGUAACAAUUACCAUGUGAAAUUGAUAAAUAUGGAUUAUAUAAGGAAGCAGGAGAGAGAUUCUGCUGCUGGUAUGGUGAGGUGCGUCAGAGAGGAGGCAUUUAUUAUAAAUGCAGACACUGAAGAUGGAUGAAAAGUGUGAUAAAUAAUGUGAUAAAUAAAAAUGUGAAAAACAACAUCCUAUCAAAUGUUCAAAUUAAGUGCAAAUAAUAGGCCAACACUACCCCUGUUCCAAAUUAUACAUGUGACUUCAGCUAACAAAUUAUUCAUCGGGACCAAUAACACGUCUCAGCCACAGCUGAUUCAGAUGCUUCAAAAUGUAAUUAAGGAGACUGGUUUGAGCUGCCUGGAUCUCCAUUGUCACUAAAAUCCCACUGAGGAAAGAGACAGUGUGUGUUUUAUCAUUUACAGUCAAGCUGAUGAAGACAAGUAUAUUUCCUUUAUGAAUGAAUACAGAUGGAAAUCGUAUUAUACAUGUAGCUUCAAUUGACUAAAACAAUUCAUGUCUUAAAUUAGUGAGAAACUUCAUGUCUGCAGGGACAGGACUGGACUUGUGCUGCUACAGUAGUUUAUACAUUUAUUCAUAAUCAGUCUCCUUUCUGGGGUCAAAAAUAAACUAAGGCAGGUGUGACAUAAUAAAAAAAAUUUCAGCUGUAGAAAUCUGCAUUUAUACUGAUUUAUUUGAUCUUACAAUUCAGCCGCUGCAGGAUGUAAAAUUUAAGCCUCAGAUACAAUGACCUCUAGUGGCCUUUAGGUGAUUUCAACAGGACACGGUAACCUGCGUUUAGACUGAACCACGGGCGCAGACAGCCAGACAGCGUGUCUUGAACUAGAAACCACAGCGAAGCUUGUCACAGAGCGACAGCCCCUUAAAGUUUUAGGCAACAACACAAUAAGGAUAAUUAUAGUAUGUUUCUGCCACUCAUUAUAUUUUCCUACAGCACACACCGUUCACUCUAAGUCGACUAAUGCAACCCACACAUUUUAGAAAUACAAUUUGACCCAGGUCUGAUAUAAGCAAACCUUUUGUUAAAAUGUUAUUGUUGACAUUGUUAUUUAUUAAACACUCACAUACAUGCA